CUUCCCCAUUCUCCCCCGCCUUCUAACCCGAGAGAGAGAGAGAGAGGCGCAAAUGGCGAGCGCGAGAUCCACCACGACCACAACAACAACUACAGUAACCCUCGAGGAUCCCCCUCAUUCACAUCCACAUCAACACCAACAUCAGCAACAACAAACCCUCGUUCUUCGUCUAUCGCGCCCGAAGAAGAAGGUGACGUGGAAGGAUGGUACCGUCGAUAACGAGUUCCUACAUCGGAAGAGCUCCAAGAAGUGCUGCAUCUUCCACAAGCAGAAGCCUUUCGACGAGGACUCCAGCGACGACGAUGAGAAUGUAAACGGCGGCCACGAUCAUCCCGGUGGUGGGGCCGGCACCAGUGGUUGCUGUUCUUCUUCUUGAGGACAUUGAAUUGAUAGAUCUGUUGUCCAUCCCUCUAUUGUUAUGCAGGCAUCUUCUUCUAUUCGCUGAUGGUGUCAGCUGUAAUAUGCAACUCAAUUAUCUACAGGGAACCGGUGCAGCAGUAGAGAAUGUUGACUGCUGUGAUGGAGAUGGGAUGGGGGUGUGAAACUAUUCUGUCUAAUUGUUGUCUUGUAAAGAGUUCAAUCACCAUGAUGGGAUUUUUUUUGUGUGUCAGGUGCUCAAGUUUAAUGGUCAAGAGGGCUGUAAUGGUGCUGGGAGUUGGACUCUGUAUCUUUAGGUGGGGUGCGGACUACCUACUCCCAUUAUUUGGCACUGGAAAUGUAACCUGUUUGUCAAAUCGCAGAAAUCUUACUUGGCUUGCCAAAUUCUUCGUUGGAUUUGUUUAAUUGAAAGAAUGUUUUCUGCUA